GAUUAAUAACACCACAGAUUUAAAUUAUAGAAUUAAUGUGUUUCUGUAAUUUACUUAGAGGUAGCCAUAAGAUAAACCAUUAACAUGAUAUGGAAUCAGUAUGUUCUGCUGGUUUUUUUAAUUUAUCUGCAAUGUGCUUUAUUGAAAUCGCAUCGGAGUGGCAGUUCGGAUACUGAAAAUGAAAUAAUGGACACUGUGAAACAAGGCGAAAUUGUUCAAUUAGAUAUUAAGCGUCCAACCGAACAAGAUACGAGUUUUGAAGAAGAAGAACAUGAUGCGAGUCGUGAAGAAGAAGAAAAGGAUGUUACAUCUGUACAAGAUAUAGAUAACGAGACUUCUAAAGUGUCAGAAAAUGAAUAUGAUGAAACAACAAACACACCUUCACCUUUCUCCAAUGAAAAGGAUGAAGCCACUGAUUCACCUUCAGAUAAUGAAGAUGAUGUAUCUUCCAAUAUUCCUUCUCACAAUGAAGAUGAAGAGACCACAGAUAUACCUGGAAGUAAUGAAGAGGCAAACGAAAGUGAAAAGAAAUAUCUAAAUAGUCCGUGCUGGAUUACUCUGGAUGCAUAUAGAUUUUUAUAUGCUAUGGACAAACUUGAUGCAAAAUACGAUGGUGUUCGAAAGAAAUUAGAUGCAAUGGCUACUAAGAGUAAUUUUGACGAUGAAAUGAAAUCGAUGAUUGAAAAAACCAAAGGUGCAGCCGAACGAACUUCGUAUAAAUUUCGAAGCCAACGUGGCGUCAUUCCGGCUGGUAUCAAUCUGGGCGGAUACUGUAUGAUGAGAAUGCCUAAAAAUAUCAUGUUCUUUCAUCGUGUUAAACUACGUAACGAUACCUUUUUCCGUUUAAACUAUAUUAAAAACGACCUGAAGAAUCUGGUGCUGCACGCUCGAUUGUCACUCAAUGACCUCCAUCUCUACGGCUCCUACGACAGAACUGUCACCGACUCGGAGCCCUCGAAUCUCUUCUACGUGCCAACAUUCGGUCAAGCUGAAAUUCUUUUGAAAAAUGUUAAGUUCAACAUGGAAGGACGCUACCGCUUGCUUCAAAACCGACUUCAUCUAGUGUCAGUGAUCUCUGAAGUCAACAUGGAAGAUAUUUUGAUGACCUACCGUAGCAAAAAUACUUCCACGCCUGCGAUACAAUUACAAAAGAAAAACUUAGAAGGGUGUCUAGGUCGACUAAAAACAGAUUUGAAUGAAUGGCUCAAAGAUUACUUCAAUGACUACCUGAUGUACUUUGGAUUAGAUGCUAAAACAUCAUACAAGGAUUUUCAGGAGUACAACAUUAAGAAAACUACAUUAAUGAACACGUUUACAGACCAGUCUAUAAAUUUGAUAAUACGUAAGCUGCACCAGGCCAAGGUUGGGUCAGUGAAAUUGCCAAAGUUUACUAUUUACACCGUCAACGGAAUGCAAAUUCACUUAAGGGACGGCGUUCUGCGAGGCUUGGACAGUAUGUACCGACGCUCCGUCGCGACUGGCACUAAAGAUAGAAACAUUUACAAAGUUGAUGCAGACAUUGGUUUCAGCGAUGUGAAGGUGAUUUAUAGUUACGAUGCCCUUCUCUCCACGGGUGUCCCGGCUCUGUCUGGAAACCUAAUACUUACUGCUGAUGAAGUAAUAGCUCACAUGGCCGUUUCUAUGGUGAAAGAUCCUCAAACUGUGGACUUAAAGUUCCUAUAUCUGAAACAAGCAAAACCUGAAGCAUUAACAAUAGAAGGGCCAGCGAACCGGAUGUUAACACAUUUUAAAUUUCUACUCGAGCGGCAUAUCAUAGCAAUUAUGACAAAUAUCUUAGUUCAUAAUAUUAAUAUGCUGGAUACAGUAACGCGGUGUGUUCCGAUUUUUGCACCUUACAAUGACCCUGAGGUAAUUGAGCAUGAAAACCUAGUCGUCAGUAGCAGGGAGGCAGGAAGACGGCGAAAAGAUUAAGUUGCCACCAAGCUCCGACAAGAAGAAAAAAUGAAUCUGAAUUAUGAAGAUUCUCAUUGAGUAAAAUUAAUUAAGAUGCAAUAGUUUUUGUUCUAAGUCUUACAAGUCUCUACCCAAAAAUACAAUGUAAGUAGGUACUAUGAUGACACUUUACAAGGUUCUUAUCCGUAACUAUUCCAGUCUCGGUAACGUUUUCAUAACCAACUAUUGUAACGUGAACUUUUUAUGUUUUAAGUACCUAAAUUAUGUAAUAAUAAAAUAUAACACAGUGUGUCCGUCACAUAUAUUAUUCCCCAUUAGUUACAGAGCGCAGUUAACAGAAUGAUCUAUCUUGUACACGUCGUCAUUGUUUUUCUCUUCUGUGACUCUGUUGUCUUAAUAUUCAUAUUUAAACAUGAAACAUUUAUAGUACAUAUUUCAUAUUCUUAAAUUAAAAUAUAUGAUUUUCUCAUCAUGGA